GCUGCAGUCCCGGUGACAGAGAUGCGGAUGAGCUGUAGAAGCAGAAAUCUGCUCUCAUCCCUAGAAUCAACACCACAGAGCAAUGGCCGCGGAAGGGAAUAUGAAAUGUUAAAGAUUGUUUCAUUCAUUUAACUACCUCUUACUGCGCAUUAUUUGCGUCUUUCACAGCAGGGAAGAGGACGCUGUAAGUGGUGGUCACUGCGCUAAGACGAUUGGCAGCUCCCACCGACUGUGACCCGGGCAUCAGGAAGAAGAUAGCCAGCUGGCUAACGUUAACAUUGGCGAACCAUAACCAUCAGCUGUAUUCAUCUGCGUUUUGCUAUCAGGCUGAAUGGCGGAGCCUGAGCUUCUGCUGGACUCCAAUAUUCGACUCUGGGUGGUGUUACCCAUUGUCUUCAUCACCUUCCUUGUUGGGGUGAUACGGCAUUAUGUCUCUAUUCUUCUUCAAAGUGACAAGAAGUUGACGUUAGAGCAGGUGUCUGACAGCCAGGUGCUUAUUCGGAGCAGAAUUCUCAGAGAAAAUGGAAAAUAUAUUCCCAAACAGUCCUUUUUGAUGAGGAAGUUCUACUUCAAUAACCAAGAAGAUGGAUUUUUCAAGAAGACCAAGAGAAAGGUUGUUCCACCCUCUCCAAUGACAGAUCCCAGCAUGCUGACGGACAUGAUGAAAGGCAAUGUCACCAACGUGCUUCCCAUGAUCCUCAUUGGAGGCUGGAUCAACUGGACCUUUUCAGGAUUUGUAACAACUAAGGUUCCCUUCCCUCUAACUCUUCGCUUCAAGCCCAUGCUGCAGCAAGGAAUUGAGCUGUUGUCACUGGAUGCUUCCUGGGUGAGCUCAGCGUCAUGGUAUUUCCUGAACGUGUUUGGACUACGAAGCAUGUACUCAUUAAUUCUUGGCCAAGAUAAUGGUGCAGAUCAGUCGAGGAUUAUGCAGGAGCAGAUGAGUGGUGCCGCCAUGGCCAUGCCUGCGGAUACAAAUAAAGCUUUCAAGGCUGAAUGGGAGGCACUGGAGCUGACUGACCAUCAGUGGGCACUGGAGAGUGUAGAGGAGGAUCUGAUGAGCAGGGAACUGGACUUCGAUGGCAUGUUUAGCAAGGAGCUGCCAAGUGGUAUCUUCUAAAGGCCUGGUCACUUCUUCUUGGCCUAUUGGAGCCUUCAAUUUGAAUUUUGAACACAGAGAUGGGACAAAUCCCUCCAUGUUAUGCAAAGUUUACAGUCACUUAUUUGUGGUCCUCGUCUUUCCACAUGUAUUACCUUUUCAUUCCUUUCCAUAAAAUAUCUGAAAUGACUUCAAAUACACUGGUUCUGCUGCUGUUUCAUGCAUACUGGAAAGCACUGCUUUGUUUUUUCACCUUUGAAACAAGGAGAUGUUUGGGAGAAACUAAGUUGCUUUUUGCUUAUUGAAAUGUAUUAUUACUAGCUUUCAACUGUAUGCCAUCAUAAUGCUGUUAGGUUAUAGAAUGUGAACUACCUAGUGCUUCUUUUGUCUUGUGUUAUACACAGCUAGAUUAGCUGUCUCCAUUUUCACAUGUACGGUCAUGUUAAACAACUAGAACACAGUACCAUUUUACAGGUGAGAAUGAUGCUUAAUUAAACUUUAACAAUCAUAAAAAAACAUGUUAGUUAGAUCAUAGAUAGAGCUGUUCUGCAUCACCUGCCCUAAAGUUGGAACUAGACCAAGAAUUAAUUUUUGAGUAUGUUUGUGUGAUUGAAAUAUUGUUUUUAAAGUAUGUAGACAGUUUAUUUUUUAAUGUAACUCCCCUGUGUUUUGUACAGUAUAAAGCCUGUUUUGACUAAA